AGAAAUUUGUAAUCAAAGCUUGUAGACGUGUUUCCGUAAAGUGCGGACUUCAACUGGUAUAGUUUGUGAGAGAUAACCAUUUUAAAUACAAUUUUGUACUGGAUUAAAUAAAAUUGUUGUGCAUAUGCUAAAAAAAUAAGAGAAGAAUAGUAGACAUCAGCACUUGUUCUUCAAAACUUCGAAGAAAUAAAGGAAGACCUCAGUACACAAAGAGAUUAAGCAAAUUUUUUGACCAAAAACGUGUGUCAAAUUCAAGAUUUCGCAUAAGAAAAAGCAAUUAGUAGGACAGAAGAAAUUUUAUUUACCUGCUCGGUAUAGAUAUUACUUUGAGCGCCCGAAGGAAGAAUCGAUAUGCGCAAAAUCGCCGAUUUAUUUUAUGGUCGAGGCAAGGAUGACUUUGAGACGACUGAAUCAUUUGUACUUUUGUCUCGUGGUUGGACUACAGCUGGUUUUUUACCAAGAAAACCGAAACGAAUUGUUAACAUAAUUCAUCAGCUUAUUUGUUGGAGUUGUAUAAUUAGCUGUCCUUAUCUCUUUUUUUCUGGAGUGGCAAAAACUAUGAGCUCUUUACCGAUAACAAUCGUACUUUCGCAUUUUGGUGUCGCUAUUAAUAGUAUUGUAUUUCCUUUGAAAGCUGUUUAUAUUAAAGCCAAUAUCGAUCAUUUGCAUGACACCGGAAAAAUUUUCAAGGCUUUGGAUAGACGUUACCAGAGACCGCAAGAUCAGAUGCAAAUCAGAAACUCGGUUAAGAUUUGCACACAGAUAUUUGUUAUUUUUUGCAUUGUCUAUUGGUUGUACGGUACAUCAAGCUGGUUGGUAGCGCUUUGCAUACAUGAAUAUCCUCAUGGCAAUUAUUUGCCGUUCAUUGAUUGGCUGCCAGAAUCAAAUUUGAGAUUUUGGCUUCACUUCAUCUUUGAGGUAGCCCUCCUAUAUGAAUUGCUGCAAAUGAGUUUGACAAUGGACUCAUUUCCAGCUUUAUAUAUACGUUCUAUUCGUACGCAUAUCAAUCUCUUGACAGAUCGUGUGAGUCGUUUAGGCUUAGAUCCCGAUUUAAGUGAUCAGCAGAAUUAUGAAGAAUUGGUCGAUUGCAUCGUUUCGCAUCAGGAAUUGCUGCAGAUUUCCAAAACCGUUGGCAAGAUCCUUUCUCUCACCACUUUCUUUCAGUUUACUAUAUACGCAAUUAUCCUCUGCGUGUGUAUGCUCAACAUGUUCGUAUUUGGCGACGCAUCAACCAAGGUGAUCACGUUGGUUUAUCUCUUACCUGUAUUUUGGCAGACUCUUCCCACCUGCUACCAAGCAUCGAUGCUCGAGGCUGACAGCGCUAAAUUACCUCUAGCAAUAUUCCAUUGUAACUGGUUGGCUUUGGAUAAACGUUGCCACAAGUUGAUCAUUUAUUUCAUGCAACGCACACAGGAGGACAUCUGCUUUACAGCAGUCAAAUUAUUUGUAAUUAAUUUGAGAACCAAUUUGUCGAUCGCCAAGUUUUCGUUUACUUUGUAUACCUUUAUAAAUGAAAUGGGAUUUGGAGAGACAUUAAAGGAUCGACUGGAGCAAAAGUAAAUGUUUUGGAAAGGACCUACAAAAAAAAACUAAAGCAGAAAUGGCACAGCAACAAUACCACUUAUCGAAAAAAAAACAUACUUAGCUUACGAUAUUAUUUUAAAACACUAGACAACUUUGUUGUAAUCUUUUUUGCACUGUAGCGAUGCUUAAAUAAAGAAUAAACUAGGUGCACUACAAA